CUGUCAACACAGCUUCAAGUUUCUUUGGUGCUUCAGAAUUUACCUAAUAGAUUUAUUAUUGAAACUACUCUUUAUUGGCAGUUCCUAAACUAUUUAGAGAAUUUUCAAUUCACAUAGAAGUUUGCAAAAAUUGAUUUAACCCUUAGCCUGCAGGCGGCAAAUGGUUCUGCCUUUGCGACCAGUGCAGACCAAGAUCAGCCUGCACAUCCGUCCAGGCUGAUCAUGGUCUGCACUGUUCACUAUUCAGCAAGUAAUUUUUCAAUGAACACCCCUUCGAAUAAUAAAUGGUAUAGCCCAAAUUGAAUGACGGACCAGUCCAUGUUAGAAAUUAGCAGUCUAAGGAAUGCCAUUUUUACAACUAAACACAGGUUUUCAAUGAUAUAAAGUAUAAUAAAUACUAAAUACAUUGGCUAUUGCCAUUAAUGUUAAGAAAUAAAUAAAAAAGUUGUUCAGAAAUUAAUUGUGCCCAUGCCAGAUUCACAAAAAUACGUUUUCAGUGGAAACGCUGUUUUGAAAAAGACACUGAGCAUGCAUGUAUAUUUUUCUGUGAUGCAGGACCGGCGUGAUGCAGAACCGGAGCCCGGAGCGAUGCAGGACCGGAGCGAUGCAGGACCGGCGGGCGUGAUGCAGAACCGGAGCCCGGAGCGAUGCAGGAUCGGAGUGAUGCAGCAAAAGGAUGUGACAGAAACACUCAAUAUGGUCUCACCGAGGCUGCAAUUUACCACUCCGAUGGCCUCAUCGGUUGUAAGCAGUAUAAAGUAUACAACAGAUCGAGUAAGGAAAGGACAAACAACGUGUACCGGUUCCGACAGAAUGGUGCAAAUAUAGCAUGUAUUUCCUAGAACGGCGGAGGUAAGUUAGCUUUAAACCGU